AUGGGAAAACAUCAUGGAAAUUCUGAUGAUGAAGAUCUUGAUGAAGCUGAAUUUAUCGUUGAAAAAAUUCUCGAUAGAAAAGUUGUGAAUGGAGAAGUUUAUUAUUUUUUAAAAUGGAAAGGUUUUGGUGAUACUGAAAAUACUUGGGAACCUGAAAUGAAUCUCGAUUGUCCAGAAUUAAUUGCUGAAUAUCAUAAACGAGCCAAAAAAGCUUCUGAACCAGCUGAAGUAACAACUAUCAAAGAGUCAAAUAAACGAUCAAUUCGAAAUAGUUUUGAUCAACAAGAAUCAAUAACAGAAUCAUCGAAAAAAACAAAACAAACAGAAUCCUAUGGUUAUGAUAGAGGACUUGAAAUUGAAAAAAUUCUUGGUGCAACAGAUGUCUAUGGGGAAUUAAUGUUUCUAAUUAAAUGGCAAGCAACCGAAAAACCCGAAUUAGUUCCUGCUAGAAUUGCUAAUGUAAAAAGCCCUCAAUAUGUGAUUCGUUUUUAUGAAGAUCGUUUAACAUGGGCAAAUACGGAUGAAAAUCCGUUAGAUAAACAGUAG